AACCAAAGCCCAAAAAAUAAAGUAUCAAACAAGUCUUAACUCAUACUCUUCCUUUCCUUUCCUUUCCCUUUCAAUUUCGCAUUUCUCAGUUCUCUGCAAAAGAAGAAAUUUUUGAUACUAUCCAGCUAAAACCACUAGUAAUAUCACCUACCCAUAAGAAGAUGUCUGCUCUAAACCCCAUACCGUUGCUUCUUCCUUCACUCCAUCUUCGCCUUCUUUAGUUUUUUCACUCUUACUAACCGGAUAGAGCGCCACUGCUGUAAUAAAAGCAAAAAGUUAUAAAGAUUGAUUAUUUGCUAUAACUACUGAUUGAAGACGACAAGAAAGGAUUAGAGAGAGAAAUAAUUAGUGUUUUGGUUGGUGAAGGUGGAUAUGGCGUUUGCUUCAAUAUUCUGCUGUGGAAAAGGAUUGGAUCGGAAAGAGCGAGGAAAGAAACAACCAACAUGGCGGAUCUUCUCCUUGAAGGAGCUACACUCAGCUACAAACAACUUCAAUUAUGAUAACAAGUUGGGAGAAGGAGGAUUUGGAAGUGUUUACUGGGGUCAGCUUUGGGAUGGAUCACAAAUUGCUGUUAAAAGGUUGAAGGUCUGGAGCAACAAAGCAGAUAUGGAAUUUGCUGUUGAGGUUGAAAUACUAGCACGUGUUCGACACAAAAAUCUUCUGAGCCUACGCGGUUAUUGUGCUGAAGGACAGGAGCGACUAAUUGUAUAUGACUACAUGCCAAAUUUGAGCUUACUAUCUCAUCUUCACGGACAUCACUCAGCAGAAUGUCUUCUUGACUGGAAGAGGCGAAUGAAUAUUGCAAUAGGUUCUGCAGAGGGAAUUGCAUACCUUCACCACCAUGCGACCCCACAUAUCAUCCACAGAGACAUCAAAGCAAGCAAUGUGCUGUUAGAUUCAGACUUCCAGGCGCAGGUUGCUGAUUUUGGAUUUGCAAAGCUAAUCCCAGAUGGGGCAACACAUGUAACCACAAGAGUUAAGGGUACCCUUGGCUACCUUGCCCCUGAAUAUGCCAUGCUAGGGAAAGCAUCAGAGAGCUGUGAUGUAUACAGCUUUGGCAUUCUCUUGCUAGAGCUUGCUAGUGGCAGAAAACCCCUUGAGAAAAUGAAUCCAACUGUGAAACGCACAAUUGUAGAUUGGGCUCUGCCUUCAGCAUGCGAGGGAAAGUUCAAUGAGCUGGCAGAUCCAAAAUUAAAUGGGAAUUUUGAGGAAGAAGAGAUGAAAAGAGUUGUUCUUGUUGCUCUCAUGUGUGCUCACAAUAAACCUGAGAAAAGACCAACAAUGCUUGAGGUUUUAGAACUGUUGAAAGGAGAAUCAAAGGAAAAGUUUGCUGAACUAGAAAAUGAUGAAUUGUUUAAAAGCCCCCAGCCUGCUGAUUACAAUGAUGGAGUAUCAAAGGACGAAGACGGCUCAGACUUUAUCUCAGAGGAGAAGGAUCUGAGACAAGAAGUGAAAGAAAUUGGGCACGAAGAGUCUGGUAAUAGCUAAAAAUACUUUGUUUUGCAUUUUUCUAAAUAUAAACUCUGGUUUGAUGUAUUGGGUUUCUAUGAGGCGGCACUGGCAAUCCAUUUAUUAGAAUUGUCAGGAAUGAUGAUGCUUCAUGACUGCUGCAAGAAUUGUGCGAAUGGGUGUGUGUCUUAUUUAUGUAGAUUAUGAUUGGUCAUCAGUCCAUGAAAUAUUUCAGUUACUCAUGGAUCCUUCUGUGUAUUUUACCGAUUGUUUUGUAUUCUUGAGAAUUGUUUUGGUUUGAAAAGUUGAAAGCAAUGAUAACACAUUCUCACGUGUCGUUGUGCAUUCA